CUAACUAAUUUAAUACCUUUGUUUCAGUAAAAAUUUAGCAUUUUUUGCUGUCGUAAGGUUGACGCUGCUUUUUGGCAGCUAUAAAUCCAUAAUACGAUGGUGAAGAAUAUAUUCGUCAUUAUAUUACCAAUUUUGGGGAUACAAUUUCAAAUUUGCGAUGGAAGUAUUCUCAGUAAAACUGCCCCUCGUGGUACAAACUGUGUUGAAUUUAGAACUCUAUUAGAAAAAUCGUUUGUUGAAGCGGCAUCAUUGUUCUUCGCUGAUAACCCAAAUCCAAAUCGACCCCAGUUUACACCAUCAAUGGUGAAGCCCCUUGAAGCACAAAUUUAUAUAAAGAAUAUUAUGGAGAAGGAGCGUCCCACAUGCAUUCAAACGAGUGAUCGUAGAUAUUUUACAAGCUGAUCCUGGAUGUGAAGACAAUAGAACGAGACAAAGUGAUACUCAGAUCGGAAAUAUACAAAUAUGCAAAAGAACAAAAUUUUGGUAUUGCAAGGAAAAAGUUUGGAUUACUUCUGUACAGAGAUAUGUCUGAUUUUGGUGAUGUCAAUUGGAUUGAUUAUAGAUGUAUACUUAGUAAGGACGUAGAUCUAGCUGAGGGAAUAAUAGCGUCAGAAAUAUCCAGGCUACGAAGAGGAAUCGGCGACUGGACAUUUGGAAAAUUCUUUGCCCUCGGUGUUGGAACAACUCUUGCAUUUGCUAUUGAUGAUACGGGAAGUAUGUCAGAAGAAAUUGAUGCAGCUAGACGAAGGUCACAUUUGUUAAUCGACGAACGUGCUGGAUCAGUUGAUCAACCAACAAAUUUUGUUCUGGUUCCUUUCAACGACCCAAAAGUUGGACCUGUGACGUCAACUGGUGAUCCUAACAGACUGAAAGAAGCUUUCAGAAGUGUUUACGCUCAUGGAGGAGGCGAUUUACCGGAACUUAGUAUGAAAGGAAUUAGUCUCGCUUUGGAUAAAGUUUUAGCAGGAUCGACAAUUUACGUGAUUACUGACGCAGAGGCCAGAGACGCAGAGCUACAGGAUCAGAUUAUUGCCACUGCUAACAGAAAAAUGGUUAAACUGGUAUUUCUCUUAACCAACAAAAUGUCAACUUGGCUUUGUGCUGGAUUUUCAUCGACAAGGCGAUUGGCUGCCUGCCGAGAUCCGUCACUCAAGCUUGGCUUCGAGUUAUAUCAACAUCUGGCCAAUAGUACUGGAGGCGAAGUAUUAGUUGUUCGCAGAAAAGAUAUUUUCAAAUCAACCGGUCUUCUAGACGUAGCCCUGCAGCAUGGGAUAGUCAAUUUGGAACGAAGAACCAUAACCAACGGCGAUUCCGGAUUUGAGCUUUUUGUUGAUUCUGGUCUGAGAGAACUAUAUGUUGAAGCAACAGGAGCAUGCGAUACUGUGAAAUUACGUUCUAAUGGAGCGCAAAUACAAUUUGAGAGAUCUAUUAAAGUAGCAGAAUUGUUUAUUGGAAGCAUCAACGUGACAAAAUAUGGAAAGUAUAGACUCAAUGUUAAAACUACUGGAAUAUGUAGAGUGAAGGUAACAGGAAAGAGUACAAAAAGUUUUGUUCAAUCUUUAGCAAAAGAAAUUGGAAAUGUGACAACGACCCAAUGUUUGAAAGUUAUACAUUAUCAACCAGUAUCAACUGAAAAAGUUGUUGUUCUGGCGAUAUGUAUGGACUGAACACUGACGAUGUUGUUAGAACAGUUUCAUUUGUUGAUGUAAAGACCGGUGAAUCCGUAUACUCUUUCAGAGUACCAGAUGGGAAAAAGAGACACUUCCGUGUCAAACUCGAAUCAUUUGCUGAUCGAAAGUUACUUGCAUAUGUGAGUGGAAUAGAUGCGGGAGGAUUUCAAUUUAGACGACUCGCU